AAGUUCCUGCAGGACACGCUCUCGGGUGGAGGGAAGCUGGCAGUGCCAGGCCAGCAGCUCUGGUGUCCCUGGGAUGGUGGAGGUGGGGACAUCCCAGUGAUGGAUGAGAUCCUUGUGGAUGAGGGAGCGACCCCUGGCUCUCCUGGGUCAGCAAAGGGCAGGGCAGAGAGGAUUGCAGGUGGGGAAUGUCCCCUGUGUCCCUCACAGGGUGGAUGAGGUUGGAAGGGACCCUGGAGCACUCAGGGAUGUGGCCAGGUGGGUUUGGAGUCUCCCAGGGAAGGAGACUCCAGCAGUGUUCUGGGCAGGCUGUUGGACUGCUCCCUGCUCCCCGUGCUGCUCCUGCACUCAGGGCAGGGCUGAAGGAGCAAGGCACAGCCUGGAAUGGGGACAUCAGGAGCUGAGCAGAGCUCAGAGCCGGGCAGGUCCCUCAGCAGCCCUGGCCCAUCCCCACCUGGCUGUGCUGGGCCAUCCACUGCCCUUCCCAGCUGUGCUGCCACAUCCCUGCUCUGCCCUGGGGAUCUCCUCCCCUUCCACCUGGCACUGCCCUGCCUUGAGCUCUCCAUCAUUGCCCUCUGCUCCCCCUUUCCUGUUCCCUCUGUGCCCCAAGACACCCUCUGUCCCUCCAAAAGCUUUGUCCCUUCUCUCCCAGCUGGCACCUGCCCCAGGGGCACCUUGGCAGGCUGUAGCUUGCUCUGAGCUCCUCCCUGUGGCAGGGUCCAGGCUGUGCCCAGCCUGGCAGGAGGGAGCAGGGGAAGGGGUUGGAGGAGUGACAGCGGGGUCCCUUCCAUGCUGUGGGGUCAGGGCUGGCCACAGAGACCCCCACGACAGCCAGGGGUGUCCCAGGGCAUCCCCCAGGCCGAGCUGGCCCCGUGAAACCAUCCUGGCAGUGCCCAAGGCCAGGCUGGGCAGGGCUGGGAGCACCUGGGACAGUGGCAGUGUCCCUGCCCAGGAUAGGGGUGGCACUGGAUGAGCUUUAAAGUCCCUUCCAGCCCAAACCAGCCUGUGAUUCCCUGAUUCUGUGGGGCACAGUGGUUGGGAGAGCUGGUUUGUUAUUUAAUUUGGGAGUCGGGGUCAGGAAGCACAGACUCAGAAUGAGGGCAAGCUUGGGGGGCUGCAGGAACAGAAUUUCCUCCCCUCCUCGUCUUCUAGCAGUCCCAGUUCCCCUUCAGUGGAUCAGCAGCUGGUGCAGCCCCAAAGUGAUGAACCAGAGACCUUCUGUGGCCUCUGUUCUCACCCAGGGUGUGGGAAACACCUCAGGAGCUGAGGUGUCCUCAUCCCUGGGCCAUGGAGCAUCCUGGGAAGGGUGGCUGUGGUCAUGGUGGGAUCAUCUGGAAGCCCCUCCAGAGAGCUCUGGUCACAGAGGGAUCCUCUCGAGGCUUUUCCAGCAGAGCUCUGGUCACAGUGGGAUCAUCUGGAAGCUUUUGCAGCAGAGCUCUGGCCAUGGUGGGAUCAUCUGGAAGCUUUUCCAGCAGAGCUCUGGCCAUGGUGGGAUCCUCUGGAAGCUCUUCCAGCAGAGCUCUGGUCACAGUGGGAUCCUCUGGAACCUUUUCCAGCAGAGCUCUGGACACACUGGGAUCCUCUGGAAGCUCUUCCAGCAGAGCUCUGGCCAUGGUGGGAUCUCUGGUCACACUGGGAUCCUCUGGAAGCCCUUCCAGCAGCGCAGGGGAUGGGAGGAGGCACUUCCAGCAUCCAGGGGCUGCUCCCGGAGCUGUCCCGGCGCACACCGGCAGGGCGGGGGGCGCUCGGGCUGUCCGUGUGUCGCUGUCCGUGUGUCCCAGCGGGGCCGUUCCUCGGGGCCGGGGCUUCCUUUUGUUGUUGUUGAAGUGUUCUUUUGGGGUUCAGGUUUGGCCGUUUUUCCGCGGGGAGGGGGGUGCGGGUCUGUUCUGGGUUCAUGGACAAGGCGAGGGCCUCGAUUAGGACCAAAUUUUCGUGCCUGUUGCUCUGGUGAUUUAUUUAGAAAUCAGAAGUUUACUGUCUGGUGGGCCAUCCUUGUCACUCUAUACAUAGGACUAUACAGGACAUAUUAUAAAUAUAUAUAUAUUAUACAUAGCGUGUGGAGAGGGGCCGUUCCGGCGGGAUGGACACUCCUCACUCCCCGUGCUGAAAUGUAGCUUCGAGCCCGCGCUGGCAGCGCCCUCCAGGAUGGCGAGGACAAAUAAAGGAAUGAGCAUCACU